AUGAAACAUCUGACCAUUAUCCUCAGCGUGCUGCCCAUUCUAAUCUCUGCCAAAUCGAAUCGAGGCUGGCCACCCCCAACUUGCGAAGCACUCAAUCAGUUCAAUAAAGUAUUCGAAAAACAGUUCAAUCUUCAAUAUAAAGAUGCACACCUGCACUACGAUUGCGAACUCAGAGGUCGCACGAAGCAGCUGAUGAAAGGACGUCCAAUUGAUAAAACCGAACGGGGACUUUAUAUCGUCAAAGACGUCCACAGAGGCAAUUUCACCAACGCUCAGCCUCAGCUCGCUGACAAAGUUAUUCACAAUAAAGAGAAUCUCAAGUUCUUCAUCGGGCUGAAUCCUGGAACUCGCUUCGGAUGUACGAGUCUUCAAGAAGAGAUAAAAAAAGAAGAGAAAAUAACAAGGGGACUAUGUUGGCUGUACUGGAAGGUGUUCGCGAACAAGGCUAGCUGGAGGCUCAGGGACCACGAAAAGAGAAGACUGAAAAAGCUCAAACGGCGCUGCGUAAGGCACAAGAAGAUAGAUCAGGCCACAGUGAUUUGCUUAUUCAAUCAGACUCAGAGUGUGCAUGAGGGAAAUGAGUAA